AUGAACGUCGCGUUAACACAACCAGAGAAGUCUACAAACUCUCCUAGGGAACAAAGAACUCUCUAUUUUCCCGUCACUGCUCGUCAAGAAUCCAAAAAUCACACUUCGACGUGGGGCGAUGGACCUAACGAGACCGGUUGCCUCAAAUUACGUAGAACUCCUCGCAAGAUAUCAGGCCUUGGUGACGAAGGGGCGAAGUUCGACUAG